CCGCGCGCGCCCCUGGUUGCCCCGGGAAACCUAACAGCCGGCCGCUCGGGUCCGCGGCGCUGGCCCAGCCGGAGGGAGAUGGACGGCCACUCCGAGCACAAUGGGGACUCCGAGGGCGACGACGGAGAUGUGGAGAGCCUGGCUUCGCGGCUGUCCGGGAUCAAGGCCAGCUCUGGCCCGCAGUCGCCGGCCGAACCCGCGGACGCUGCGGAGCCGGAGCCAGAGACUGUAGGGGCUUCGGAGGGAGGAGCCGCCACGGCCGAGCCCGCCGACCCGGCCGAGCCUCGGGAGGGGCUGGCGGCCGCCGAGGCUGCGGGCGAGGAGGUGCCCGGAGAGCCGGAGUGGCCGGCCGAGGCCGGGCCUGACAGGCCAGCCAAGCCGACGUCCAAAGGCGGGCCCGAGGAACCCCAGGAGGAGGAGGGGGAGGAGGAGGAGGAGGAGGAAGAAGAGAGGGCGGCGGAGGGUGGGAAGAGGAAGGAAGCCCCGUCGCAGGUCUCUCUGCCGCUGUCCACCGCCGGCCAGGAGGAGGCUGCGCCAGCCCGGGAGGCUGAGCGGGAGGAACCGGAGGAGGACGAGAGCGAGGAGAGCGAGAAGGGUGUGGAAGGAAGCCGGGCGAAAACCGAGGAAGAGCCGAGAGGUCUGGACGACGCCCUCGAGGAUGAGGAUUACGAGUGGAGCGAGGAGGUCAAGAAGCUGCAGGAGCAGCAGCUGCGCUCUGAGCUCCUGGAACAGUACCGCUCCCUGAUGGUGGAGCGGAGCCGCUGCCAGCGCUACAACAUCUACCUGCAGCACAAGAUCUCCGAGGCGCUGCGCAAGAAGAAGGGCCUGGAUGCGGCCGACGUGCCGGACAAGGGCAUGGAGCCUGAGGCCCCCGAGAAGGAGCAGGCAUACCUACGCCAUCUGGCCGUGCUGGAGGAGCUGAGGAAGCAGCAGGCCGACGACCUGGACUGGUAUCACCAGGAGCUGGACCGGCUGAAGCAGCAGUGCGAGGAGAAGCUCUCCAGGGUGGAGAAGGAGUGGCGAGGCUUCCAGGCACUCAAGAAGCAGGUGGUGAUGCAGGCCAUGGGCAGCUGUCGCAUGAGGGGCGGUCGCCAGGCCGCUCUGCGAGAAGUGGAGCAGAUCCAGGCAUUGGAGGACAGGAAGGAGAAGGAGAUGAGCGCUGUGAGGCUGGAAAACGUGCAGCUGAAGCAGAACUUGGUGCAUUUUGAAACCAGGAUGAGGGCCCAGGAGGACUUGACUGAGGGCCUUCUCCUCAUCGAUUUUGAACAGCUUAAGAUUGAGAACCAGACUUUCAAUGAGAAAGUUGAGGAGCGAAAUGAGGAGCUUCUGAAACUGCGCAACAAGGUGACCAACAAUGUGCAAAUAAUAACGCAUGUGAAGGAAAAGUUACACUUUGUGGAGAUAGAAAAUGCAUGCAAAAAGUCACAACUGUUGGAAAUUGAAGCUCAGGUGGCCCUAAGGAGGGACAUCCUGACUAAGACUAAGCAAGCCCGAGACAGCCUGCGGCUUGACAACAUCAAGCUGAAUCAGAAGUGUGGGCUUCUGGGCAAGGAAUCACUCCUCCGGGACCUGGAAGAGAAGGUGGACAGGACUGCACUGCUCCAGCAGCGCUUAGAAUCCCUGAAGCACCAUCACGCCGGGCUUACUCUGUCCUGCAGAGGCGUGAAGCAGAAGAUCAGGGAAGCCAGAGCCUUUCUCCCCUCCUGACACGAUUCAGGAGAAGAGUUGGCAGAACAUCUUCCAUCUC